GUCGGCCUGUCUCAGUCUCGGGGAUAUCCUGAGUCUUGACUUACGUUUCAAAAAGAAAGUCUGCCCGCAUCGCUGGUGCCCUGCUCCUCCCCGGCUGCCCCUGAUCGGUGCUCUUCAUUGUCCCGUCCCUGGCUUUGACCGAGCCUUAUCUUCCGCCCCCCUGCCGUUCCGCCCUCUCCCCUCCAGCAUCGUGAAUCCAAAGUCUAUGCCCCGUGGAGGGCUGCCGGUCAGCCACGAUGAGCGCCUCAAUCCUCAACAUUCAGCAUGAUCUCAUCCUGAACACAAUCCGUUAUGCGGCGGGUAAUGAGUGGAAGGUCUUGGUUGUGGACGAAACCAGUCGGAAGCUAAUAUACAAUGCGGUCAGUGAGGAUGAUAUCCUCAACCUCAAUGUCACCAAUGUCGAGCAGAUCGAGCAUCGGCGCUCCCCCAAUCCCACCAUGGAUGCGCUGUACAUCCUCUCGCCUCUUCCACAUAUUGUCGACUGUAUAAUGGCGGACUUUGAGAGGAAGAGAUAUCGGAAGGCGUGGUUGGUUUGGACUUCAUUCCUCGAUCCGCAACAGCGCGCUCGAUUGGACCGGUCCCAGAUGGCCCGCGAGCAGAUCGCCAAUUUCCAGAUCAUGAAUGCCGACUACUUCCCGAGGGAAUCGCGUCUGGUGACCUUCCGAGACCCGUGGAGUUUCCCGGUGUUGUUCCACCCUGGUUGCAACCAUCUCAUCCGUCAGCACUUGGAGGGAAUCGCGCAGAAGAUUGUCUCGCUCUGCGCGAGCUUAGGAGAGUACCCCGUGAUUCGAUACUACAAGCCCCGAGCUCCGACCCACGAGGCCAGCGUAUUGUGCUCCCACCUGGCGCGGUUCGUCCAGAAUGAACUCGAUCAGUUUGCACAAUUCCAGCGCGACUUUCCUCCCCCAUCGCCCAGACCGCGCGGAGUGCUUCUGGUUGUGGAUCGUUCCACGGACUUGAUCGCACCCCUGAUCCACGAAUUCACCUAUCAGUCUAUGGUGCACGAUCUGCUGCCGAUCAACGAUGGCGACAAGGUCACAUACAAAACCGUCAUCAACGAGGGCAGUCCCAAGGAGGAGAUCAAGGAUAUGGAGAUCAACGAACUAGACAAUGUGUGGGUCGAGUACCGGCACAUGCACAUGAAGGACGUGCUCGGCAAGCUGGGCGAAGACUUUGCCAAGUUCCGGGCCGCCAACCCCCAAUUUGCGGAAGACAACGACAAGGCGAAUGUGAACACCAUCAAGGACAUGCUGGCGGGUCUGACGGAGUUCCAACAGGGAAGAGACGCUUACACGCUGCACCUCAACAUGGCGCAAGAGUGUAUGAAGUACUUCCAGGACCACAAGCUCCUCGAAGUCAGCGCGGUGGAACAGUGUCUCGCCACUGGAUUGGAUGAGAAUUACAAGAAGGCGAAGAACCUGGCUUCCCAGCUUGUGCAACUGUUGGACGACGACGCGAUCAAGCAGCCGGAGCGAUUGCGACUCCUCCUGCUUUAUAUCAUCUACCGGGGAGGCAUCCUCGCGGGCGACAUCCGGAAGCUCAUGGCGCAUGCGCAACUUCCACCGCAGGACGGUGAAAUUGUGUCCAACCUCGAUCUUCUCGGGGCGCGCGUGGAGAAGCCCCUGAAGGAUGACAAGCCGCCGGUGCAGCCCUUGUUCACCCGGAAGCCUCCGUCCGGGCCGAUGGUCGAAGAAGACGGACUGUCGCGCUACGACCUGAACCUUAAAUUGAUCCUGGAGGAGCUGGUCCGCGGGACCUUGGAUGCGGGGACCUUCCCGUUCACUCGCCCGCACGCCGAUAGCGAUGCGUCGGCGCCACCGGACAGCGCCUCGCAGGCCUCGCUCCGCAGUGCCAAGCCGACGUGGGCGCGGACCCGGACGACGGGCGAGCAGCCGCGACAGCGGAUUAUCGUGUUCAUGGCGGGAGGUGCUACAUAUGGAGAGGCACGCACGUGCUACGAGAUGUCGCAGACGUGCGGCAAGGACGUGUUCCUGGCCACGUCCCACAUGCUGUCUCCAGGGUUGUUCCUGCGCCAGCUGGGCGACCUGAGCGUGGACAAGCGACGACUGGAUAUUCCAGCGGAACGACCCAAGCCGACGGCGCCCGCGCAUCUGUUUGAGCGGGAGGCUCCACCGGCACCAGCGCCGGUGAAGAAGCCGAACCCGGUGCCACAUCUGAACCCGCCGGCGCCGGCAUCUGCACUGGCGGCGAUGUCAUUGGGCAAUGGGCAGAAAAACGGCGCGCCGACCAAGGAAGAGAAGAAGAAGGAAAAGAAGGAGAAGGAGAAGGACAAGGAGAAGAAGGAGAAGAAGCGGCAUCACUUCUUCCGGUGACCCAUCCCCGGGUGAACCUACAAUCAACCAGCAUGCUGCAUCCACGACUGUGAUACCCAGUCCGACACUGCCAACACUAAUCUGGUAUCUUUGUGUAUGUAGUAACAUGUACCAUCGCAUAAUAGCCCCUAACCUUAGCCAUAUCACCAACCACCCUCCCUAACCACACCACACCAACCCAUCCAUAAAAUCUACGCCCCCUCCCCA